AAGUUAAGACGGUCACACUUAAAAGACAGUUCGAAAAAUCAUUACAAAUAUUGCUAAAAUUGUUCAAAAAUCUAGCUUCAAGCUGUUUAAUUUACCACAAAUCUAUAAGCAUACCACGGAGGACUCGAGCCGUCCUAGCUGCAGUAGAAUGACUGUUCAUGAAUUUAAAGUAGAGAUGACUUGCGGGGGCUGUGCCAGCGCGGUGGAACGUGUCCUGGGGAAAUUAGGUGAUAAGGUGGAAAAAGUGAGCAUUAAUUUGGAUGAAAAAACAGUUACCGUCACUUCAAACUUAUCGUCCGAUGAACUAUUAGAACAGCUGCGAAAGUCGGGAAAGACGACCAGCUAUAUUGGUGUGAAACAAUGAGAUGAGUUUUUAAGCAGGUUUCAGAAAUAUGGCAGGCUGAAACUUGAAGUCUAAGGAUAAAAAUUUACAAUGCCAACAGCGUGGGCACAUAUUGAGCUACAGCUGAAUAAAUUUAAUCGUGAUGACAUAUUAAA